GGGGAGGGCUGAAGACAGGAAGUAGUGUACAACUGCUGACAGCGUUGCAGCUCCUACGAACUGACCUGACAGCUGCGAACCUGCAGCUCCUGGGUCACAGAACCGAACUGUCCGGCCGUUUUUCCUCAUCCCGGUUCCUCCCCAUCCGCUUUUGACUCGUUUGUGAGCUUGCGUCGAUUUUACGCGUGGCGGUGCGUGAGAGGCGGAACCGAACGGGCCAUGGCCUUCGCGGGGAGUGCAGUUCGACGGAUGGUGUCGGCCGCCCAGCGUCCCUUUGCUCCGUCGUGGCAAACGGGCGCGCGGUCCUACAGCUCCAAGCCCACCAGCGCCAAAAACGUCCCCUAUGAGAAGACCCUCAGACAGGAGGAGGGGGCGCCCACUGGACCCACCAAACCCCUACCGAGGUCUGCAGAUGCGGUGGUGAUCGGUGGCGGCAGCCUGGGCUGUCAGACCAUCUACCACUUGGCUAAGAUGGGUUUGACCAAUGCAGUUCUGCUGGAGAGAGACAGACUGACGGCUGGCACCACGUGGCACACGGCAGGCCUCCUGUGGCAGCUCCGUCCCAGCGACGUGGAGGUGGAGCUUCUGGCCCACACCAGGAACGUGGUCAGCAGGGACCUGGAGGAGGAGACGGGUCUCCACACGGGCUGGAUCCAGAACGGAGGACUGUUCAUCGCCUCCAACAAGCAGAGACUGGACGAAUACAAGCGGCUGAUGUCUCUGGGUAAAGUUUACGGCAUCGAGUCUCACGUGCUUUCACCUGCGGAGACGAAGGACCUGUACCCGUUGAUGAACGUCGGUGACCUGUAUGGAACCCUGUACGUCCCCAACGACGGCACCAUGGACCCAGCCGGUACCUGUACGACGCUGAGCAGAGCGGCCUCGGCCCGGGGAGCCACGGUGAUCGAGAACUGCCCCGUGACUGGUAUCAAAGUGCACACAGACGACUUUGGGGUGAAGCGGGUGAAGGAGGUGGAGACUCCCCACGGGGCCAUUGAGACGCCGUGUGUGGUGAACUGCGCAGGCGUGUGGGCCACCAAGCUGGGGAGGAUGGCUGGAGUUAAUGUUCCCCUCGUCGCGAUGCACCACGCCUACGUGGUGACGGAGAGAAUCGAAGGCAUACAGAAUAUGCCCAACGUGCGAGACCACGACGCGUCCGUGUACCUGCGCCUCCAAGGCGACGCCCUGUCUGUGGGCGGCUACGAACACAACCCCAUCUUCUGGGACCAGGUGUCUGACAGGUUUGCGUUCAGCUUGUUCGACCUGGACUGGGAUGUGUUCAUGCAACAUAUAGAGGGAGCGAUCAACAGAGUUCCUGUUCUAGAGCAGAUUGGAAUCAAGUCCACUGUUUGUGGACCAGAAUCUUUCACUGCCGACCAUAAACCACUGAUGGGAGAAGCACCAGAGGUCCGAGGCUUCUUCCUGGGCUGUGGGUUCAACAGUGCAGGCAUGAUGCUGGGGGGCGGUUGCGGCAGAGAGCUGGCUCAUUGGAUCAUACAUGGGCGCCCUGAAAAGGACAUGUACGGCUAUGACAUCAGGCGCUUCCACAGCUCGCUGACGGACGACCAGCGCUGGAUCAGAGAGCGGAGCCACGAGUCGUAUGCAAAAAACUACUCUGUGGUGUUUCCCUUUGAUGAGCCGCUGGCGAGCCGCAACAUGAGAAGGGACCCCUUCCAUCAGGUGCUGUUGGAGCAGGGCUGCGUUUUCCAGGAGCGACACGGCUGGGAGAGGCCUGGCUGGUUCAACAAAGGCCCGCCCGCGCCGGUUAAAAGCUACGAUUACUAUGGGGCCUAUGAAACUAGGAAGAAUGUGAACUACAAGUACAGCGAACUGCUGGGCAAAGAGUACACGUUUGACUUCCCUCCACAUCACGACGUGAUUAAGAAUGAGUGUCUCUCAUGCAGACACGGCGUGGCCGUGUUUGACAUGUCCUACUUUGGAAAGUUCUAUCUCACUGGGCCAGAUGCUAAGACGGCAGCCGAUUGGCUGUUUACUGCUGAUGUCAACAAGAAGCCAGGCUCCACCGUGUACACCUGCAUGCUGAAUAAAAGAGGGGGAACGGAGUCUGACCUGACUGUGAGCAGACUGGUGCCGGGAGAAGCCAAUCUGCCGCUGGCCCCGGAGUCCAACGGUGACGCGUACUACCUGGCCAUCGGAGGCGGCGUGGCCGAACACAACUGGAACCACAUUAAGACGGUGCUCCAGGACCGAGGCUUCCGCUGCCACGUGACGGACCACUCUGAGGACAUGGGGAUGAUCAGCAUCCAGGGGCCCAAGAGCCGCGAAGUCCUCCGGGAGGUGUUGGACGCGGACCUGGGCAACGAAGCGUUCCCGUUUUCCACGCACAGAGUCGUCAGCGCGGCGGGACAUCGGGUGCGAGCCAUGCGUCUGUCAUUCGUUGGGGAGCUCGGCUGGGAGCUGCACAUUCCUAAAGACGCUUGCCUUCCAGUCUAUCGUGCCGUCAUGGCUGCGGGUGCAAAGCAUGGCAUCGUCAACGCCGGUUACAGGGCCAUUGACUCGCUCAGCAUAGAGAAAGGCUACAGACACUGGCACGCUGACCUUCGUCCAGAUGACACGCCCCUGGAAGCAGGCUUGGCCUUCACCUGCAAGCUGAAGAGCUCGGUCCCGUUCCAGGGCCGCGAUAGGCUGGAGAAACAGAAGGAGGAGGGGCUGAGGCGCCGCAUCGUCUGCUUCACCAUUGACGAAAAAGUACCGAUGUUCGGCCUGGAGGCCAUUUUCCGUAAUGGAGUUCCAGUUGGACACCUGCGCCGCGCCGACUACGGCUUCUUCAUUGACAAAACCAUUGGUUACGGAUAUAUUCGUAACCCUGACGGAGGAGUGGUGAAUGCUGACUUUAUAAAAAGCGGACAUUUUACGCUGGAGAGGAUGGGGGUGACGUUCAAGGCCAAGGCUCAUCUGAAAACUCCGUUUGACCCCGAGAACCAACGAGUCAAGGGCAUCUAUGCUUGAGUGGGUGGAGAGGCUUCUCUCCAGUGAUCUCAGUCAGCUUAGUUACUGAUGUAUGAAGUGAUAAUAGUCACUGGACUUAUUUCUUGCUUGUGUUGUAUCUAAAAAUGAGUCGGAGAAGAUAAACACUGAUGAAGAACAACUAGAAAAAGCAGUUGUUGGCGUUUUCUGAUUGGUCCCUGAUGCUGAUGUUGCUGAUAAUGUGAUUCUUCCAUCUCUGCUACAUACGUUUUGCACAUUAGUAAAAGUACAAAAGCUCCUCUCUGUCUCCGUUAGCUCCAACGUAGCAUUCUGUGCAUCUGCUGUUGCUGCGGUGGAGCAGUUCACGAGGCUCUUCCUCCCAAGAGCCUUUUUACUGAGAAGCAUCAUCAGGAAGUGCAUUGAAAAGGGCUUUAGCUUAAUUAAUGAGGGCGCUUGAUUCAAAUUACGAGCUUAGUGCAGUGGAGAAUCGAGUGGUGUUGUAGAGCAGUACUGUGGGACUAAUGUGAUUAGUGCUGUGGGAAGUCGCAAAUGUUAAUUAUGCUGAGUGUUCGUUAGAGCUUUUACAGCAAAAUGCUGGCAUCUUAACUCGUAACUAGUAACUUAACUAGUAAACACCUGGGAAACUCACCCGUGUCUUGGCAAGUGUUAAAAAAUGUUCUGUCCUCGUGUUUACGUGAAAAAAUUGGAGUUUAAUAAAACCUAUUUCCCACUGAAUGUUUACAUCCGCUCAUACUGAUGCUUUCAAGGCCGAGUGAAGUACUCAGCUGGUCACAGACUAUUUGCAGAGCUGUAAAAAUGUGGCAGGAGAAGGAGAAGGCGGCGUUUCGUAUGUAUUGCUGCUACUUUGCCUCUCGGAUGCAGUUGCAGCACAAAAUGUUUACUAAUGUGAAAUGAUUCAUUGAUUCUGCCCAGAAGGCCAUUAAUCAUUGAAAUGGUCGUUCGCAGGAGUAGCAUAGGUUAAUAACAGGAUUUAUAUGGGAAACGUGAAACAGACUGAUAAACAUUAUCACUGCUGCUCCUCGAACAUGAUGCGUCCUGAGGAUGCUCAUUGUUGUUGAAAAGCAGGUGAAGGGUUCAAAAUAUUGAUGUCAUCGUCUUAAAAUGUUCCCUUGAUGAGUGUAAUGAUCCUUUAAUAUCUUUUAGUGACGUUAAGCCUGGAUCAUUGUGAACCGCGUGGUAAUAAAUUCUCUCUUAGCUGUUGGA